AAUCAAUAAAUGUCAUAAAGGGUAAGUUUUCGCUGGAAUACCUGAAAUGUCAGCUAUACCAGUUUGGGAUUGUUUUGUUUAUCAAAAGAGACCGACGAGUUUACAGGUAGUAACCAUGGCUGGCAAGAGCCGAGAUAAAAGGAAAAGGUAAAGUAUCGUGUUAUUAUUGUUUCAUGUUGGUGUUUACAAGGACUGUAAAAGUGAACCAAGAAGGAAGGCUGCGGUCGACAGCGAUUUGAUUACUUGCAAGCGUCGGGACUGUGUAGCUGGAGGCUAGUUUUUGCCGGGUCAGUGUGAUCUGGAUUUAUUUAAAGGGAGACCAGACUUGAUCUGGAGAAAGAAAGGAGAAUACCUACCUAUUUGCUGAGGAUAGUCGUUAUUAGGAUUAAUGCCAGCUGUGAUCCUUCACUGCCUGACUGGCUGCAAGGAUGAUAUUAUUUAUGGUUCAACACUUAAAGAUGAAUGCCUGUACUUCUUCUUGAGUGUUCAGUGUUGCAGCUGGUAGCGAGUUUGGAUGCCCAGUUAUCCUCUUGAAACAGUGUUGGCAAGACAGCAAUGGCUAACAAGAAGGAGCCCCCUUUCUUCAAUGAAGACAAUGUAGAACCGUUCCACUACAAGAUUCCUUUCUGUGAGACAAUGGAGCUCUUCAUUGAAACUCUCACUGGAACUUGCUUUGAACUGCGAGUGUCGCCUUUCGAGACUGUGAUUUCAGUGAAGGCCAAGAUACAAAGACUAGAGGGUAUUCUUGUUGCCCAGCAGAAUUUAAUCUGGAAUAAUGUGGAACUAGAAGAUGAGUAUUGCUUAAACGAUUACAACAUUUCAGAAGGGUCCACUCUGAAGCUUGUGCUAGCUAUGCGAGGUGGACCCAUCAAUACCAGGAGAGUUCCAAUGGAAGACCAUGUGAAGGAAAUGACAGAGUACACAGACCCAACCCAGGAUGAGGUCUGGGACAAGGGUCCUUCCAAGAAGCAGGUUACUUUACUAGUUUAUCGUGAAGGGGACCACUUAAAUUUGUUCCGGGUUGUGGACCGUGGAGAUGGCACUUUAACACCUCUCUCUGAAUCAAUAAGUGGAGGCUCGGUGUACAACUUGUAUACUGAAGAGGAUGAAGAAAGCGAUGUUUCACCAUCUAGCCAGCAGAUCAUGGAUAAUUCAAUCACUAUGAAUAAAAUGAAGAUGCUCAAGGCAAAGAUGGAAAACAUGAACCUCAGUAACAAGCACAAGAAACCUGCCAAGGUGAAACCAAGCCCUCCCGUGGGCCCUUGCCCCUCCAGUGGCUCCCUGAAUGCUGUUCGUCACCGACUGUUCCGGGUCCUUCCUCACAUCAGCCAGUCCCUGAACCCAGCAUCGUGCCUUCCUCCAGCUGGGGACCAGCACCCCUCGGCAACUGCUGCUGCCUCCUCACACAGUGCACUCUCCAUGCUCGCCCCCCCCAGCCGAGCAUUGCCAUCCUCCAGCUGUUACCUUGUAAAAGAGGAAGAAACCUGGGAAUGUCCAGUACUACCACCACCACCAAGUAAAAUCCGGUUGCCUCCUAAAGUGUCGCGGGUAGAGCUGGGGAGCUCAAAACUGCUGAAAAACACAGUCCUUCCACCUGUCACAACCCUGCAGAACAGGGAAGCAGCCGAAACAGAAACCAAAAUAGAAGGUGCCUUCUCACAUUCCCUUAGAGAAGACCGUGCUUUAGCUGAAACCUGCAAGGACGCUUUUAAUUUGCCAGCUGAAAAUCUGACUGACAUAAGUGCAGCUGCAAAUUUAGAACCAGUAGAUGAAGGUCUUGGAUCAACAGAAGAAGCAGCUGCUCCUGAGCAGUCUUUUGUUCUUUCCAAAGCGAUGAGCUCUGAGUACAUGGACACUGGGAUUGUGACCAUUGACCAAGCCUCUCAGACAGACGAUAAAGUCCCCCUACAGUAUAUGUCCGAGUCGGCCUCCAGCUCCUUAGCUAGACCCCAGAAAUUACCUGCAUAUGGCAACCUGAGACCCAUUGUCUCCCAUUCUGUGUUGAAAUCCAGGGACUUUUCUGGUAUCCCAGGCGUCUCUCCGGUCCGAACUGCAAGGUUUCAGGGUAUAAACGUGGACUCCCCUGGCAAGCUUCCUGACAUAGCAAAAACAGAGACACACGACAUUACAGACAUGGCAAAUAUGACGCCCAAUGAGCCUUUGGCACCUGUGAAUAAUUUAGGAAUCCUGGCUUCGCUGGCACGAGGCACAAGCAGGGACAGCCUGCAGGGAAGCUGUAGGAGAAGCAGGCGCUACACAAACGGUGGGCCCCUUCUUGCAAACCUCCACCUCUUUCCAGAGGACACUGAUAGCUCAUUCAUGCCUGCUCAUGGUUUCAGUGGAGGGGCUUCUAGCUCAGUAAGGAGAGUAGGCGCUCCUAUGUAUCACCUUCCCCCUAUGAAGGCUCCCAUCCAAACAAAAAAGAAAAACUCAAAGCACUGCUUCUUAUGCAGAAAGAAAACUGGACUGGCUAACAGCUACGAGUGCCGAUGUGGAAAUAACUUCUGUGCAACACAUCGCUAUGCUGAAACUCACGACUGCACAUACGACUACAAGACUGCAGGUCGGAGGUAUUUACAGGAGAACAACCCUAUAAUCACUGCACCCAAGCUUCCAAAAAUCUGAAAGCAUGGCGUGUCGCAUGCAGCAGUGUUCGAAGAUUUGUAUCAAGAAGAGACCUAAUUACCAGUGUGCAUUUAACCUAACCUGCUCUGAAAAUAGAAAUACCAAGCACCUGAAAGCACACAAUGUGCGUUUCAUGUCAAUGAAUAAUGUGAACACUACUGUGGUUUUACUUCCUAGCAAAACAAGCAAUGAGGUGUAAAUACAUCAUUUUUAAAAAGGCAUAUAUUCUAAUGGUUUUAACUUUGCACGUUUUACUGUCGGUGUUUCUAUAGAAGUGUGAGGAUAAUUCUUCAUGAGACAAGUCUUUAAAAGAUGCACUUUAAAAAAUUAAUAUGACUUAUUAGCCUGUUAGGAGGGGGAAAUGCAACAAAGAUGUCCUGUUAGGUCUCGUAUUGUAGUAAUUGUUUUUCUUUAUGUUGUCUGUCAUCAUUUUUUGUUUUUAAUAUUCACCACACUUUCCCUUCUGUCUUUGGCACAUACAUUACUUAAACGGUCACAACAGUGGAUUUUUGAUUGCACACAGAUAAAUAUAUAGUAGAAAUAUAUGACCAUCAAGCAUACGGACUUGGAAUAAUAUAUAUAUAUAUAUAUAUAUAUAUAUAUAUAUAUAUAUAUAUAUAUAUAUAUCCUGUUUGUUGCCAGAAAAUAUCAUUUUAACUACUUUUUGGAAUACCAGAUUUUUUUUUUUUUUUUUUUUAAGAUUGCAUACUAUUUGCUGUUUUGCUAAAAUUGAGUGCUGUUAACAGAAAAAAAAAUCUAAUAAAAAUAAUUUCUGUGUUUUAA